AUGUCUACAUCUAAAGUUGCAAUACACUUUGACCCACUACAAGCAGUUCCAUCAGAUGGAACUUAUAUAACGACAGAAACCAUUGACUCUGUUAAAAAAAUUCUUUUCGUACUGAGUAAAUUGGCCAUCGCAACUACCCAAUCAAUACCUAGGUUUAUUCAGGAAUUUACUGAUACUUACGUUCAAGAGGGAGAAACCGUUGAACUUGAAUGUAAAUAUUCUGGAAAUCCUACACCUGAUAUCGUAUGGUUUAAAAAUGAUAAAAUGAUGCGGAACACAGACAAUAUUAAAAUUAAAAUCGAUGAUCGGGAAUUCAAAACAUCAUUAGUCAUAAAAGAAGCUACUCAUGAAGAUUCUGCUACAUACAUUUGCAAAGCUACGAGUGAUAUAGGUUUAGCUACAACUAAAGCCCAAUUACAAGUGACAGAUGCUACAGGAGAACGACCAACAUUAAUUGAAGAUGAAAAAGAAAAAGUGUCCGAAAAAGUGCCCAAAAAGAAAAAACCAGAAUUGAAAAAGGAAGCUAUACAUGUUCAAGAUACUCAGUUAUUGGAAACUGUAGAAUUGGUAGAAGAGGAAGCUACGAAGCUAUCGAGAGGCCAGAUGGUAGUUCCAACGCAUGAAGCGAUAACAGUAGAAGUGACAUCAAGUAUGAAAAAAACUGAUCAUGAACCACAAGACCUAACUCGGGAUCAGGCCCAAGUAACAUCUGAAACAUUAGAAUCUGUAUCGGAAAUUUAUACAGAAACUGAUUUGCGGGAAACUAGAAAGAAAAAGAAAAAGCCUGAAAAAAUAAAAGUAACUCAAAAAGAACUUUUGAGUAAAGUCGACGUAAGACUAAUUAUAGAAGGACAACAGGAGAGUAUUGCUCAGGAAGUGGAAGAAAUCAUGGAACUAUUUCAUGCAUCGGAAUUUGGACCAGCAGAACAACCUCUUCGUGAAUUAGCAACUAUUGGCUACUUAGUACGGCAAGGAGUUACAGUCCACGAAAUUAAUGAAAGCUUAUACAAAACGGACAAGUUUCCAGCAUUGAAAACUCCAGACGCACAAAAUGCUUUGGUGCAACUAGUUGAAAGACAAGGUCACGGACCAUUAAUUACUCAAGUUCUUACCGAAGAAACGACCACAGAUGAAAGUAUUGUUGCUGCAACAGUUGGAUUCAGAGCUUUUAUGAAAAUGGUAGAACUACAACAUGCGACUGUUGAAGAAGUCAUAACACAUUUUAAACCAGAAGAUUUCCGACCACGUGCAUGGGAAGUCGCAGAAGCAAUAGAGUACUACUUUUUAAACUGA